CACCAAGAUGGCCGACGCUAUGGAGGAAUACGAGAAAGAAGCUGGCUGCGUCCCCAUUCUCCAUCCCGAGGAGAUCAAGCCCCAGCCUCACUACAACCACGGCUACAGCGAGACCACGAGCCGCAAGAACCACGUGGACGACUACAGCACCUGGGACAUCGUCAAGGCAACGCAAUAUGGGAUCUUCGAGCGCUGCAGGGACCUGGUGGAGGCGGGGUUUGACGUGCGACAGCCCGACAAAGAGAACGUCACACUACUGCACUGGGCGGCCAUCAACAACAGGAUAGACCUCGUCAAGUACUACAUAUCAAAAGGAGCCAUAGUGGACCAACUGGGCGGGGACCUCAACUCCACACCUCUGCACUGGGCGACCAGACAAGGCCACCUGUCUAUGGUGGUGCAGUUGAUGAAAUAUGGCGCAGAUCCGUCUCUGAUCGAUGGAGAAGGCUGCAGCUGCGUGCACCUGGCUGCUCAGUUUGGACACACCUCCAUCGUGGCCUACCUCAUCGCCAAAGGACAGGACGUGGACAUGAUGGACCAGAACGGGAUGACUCCUCUGAUGUGGGCGGCGUACAGAACACACAGUGUGGACCCGACGCGGCUGCUGCUCACCUUUAACGUGUCUGUGAAUCUGGGAGACAAGUAUCACAAAAACACGGCUCUGCACUGGGCGGUUUUAGCGGGAAACACGACAGUGAUCAGCCUCCUCCUGGACGCCAACGCCAACGUCGACGCACAGAACAUCAAGGGGGAGACGCCGUUGGACUUGGCCAAGCAGAGGAAGAACGUGUGGAUGAUAAACCACCUACAGGAAGCUCGCCAGGCCAAAGGCUACGACAGCCCGUCAUAUCUGAAACGACUCAAGAGCGACAAGGACAUCAGGCAGAAGGUGAUGCUGGGGACGCCCUUCGUGGUCAUUUGGUUGGUCGGGUUCAUCGCAGACCUCGAUAUCGACUCCUGGUUAAUCAAAGGGAUCAUGUACGCCGGGGUCUGGAUCGCCGUGCAGUUCCUCUCCAAAGCCUUCUUUGACCACUCCAUGCACAGCGCUCUGCCCUUGGGGAUUUAUCUGGCCACGAAGUUCUGGAUGUACUGCACCUGGUUCUACUGGCUCUGGAAUGUUCUCCCCUUCGCCACAGUCCACGUGCCCUUCCUCAUCACCACUGUGUUUCUCUUUUACAACUUCGGAAAAUCCUGGAAGUCCGAUCCUGGAAUCAUCAAGGCCUCAGAGGAGCAGAAGAAAAAGACCAUUGUAGAAUUGGCAGAAACAGGCAGUCUGGACCUGAGUAUAUUUUGCAGCACCUGUUUGAUACGGAAGCCCAUCAGGUCCAAACACUGUGCAGUUUGCAAUCGCUGCAUCGCAAAGUUCGACCACCACUGUCCCUGGGUCGGCAACUGUGUCGGCAGCGGGAACCAUCGCUACUUCAUGGGGUAUCUGUUUUUCCUGCUCUGUAUGAUCUGCUGGAUGAUCUACGGCUGCAUCUCCUACUGGAGGGUCCACUGUGGCACCACUUACUCCAAAGACGGCUUCUGGUUGUACCUGACGCAGAUCGCCUCCUGCUCCCCCUGGAUGUUCUGGAUGUUCCUCAACAGCAUCUUUCACUUCAUGUGGGUGGCCGUUCUCAUCAUGUGCCAGCUGUACCAGAUCGCAGCUCUGGGAAUCACGACCAACGAGAGAAUGAACGCUCGAAGAUACAAGCACUUUAAAGUCACAGCCACGUCAAUUGAAAGUCCGUUCAAUCACGGCUGCAUGAGAAACCUGAUCGACUUCUUCGAGCUGCGCUGCUGCGGUCUCCUGCGGCCGGUCUCCGUGGACUGGACGUCUCAGUACACAAUAGAGUACGACCAAACCUCGGGCUCGGGCUACCAGCUGGUGUAGCCGCCGCUCCCUCCUUCCCUCCCUCCCUCCUCCUCUCUCUCUCUCUCUCCGUAAACAAACAGCCUUUUCCAAAAACCACGGGAGCAGACUCUCCGCCGGCGCAGUCGCUCCCCCCCCCUCCUUCACAAACGCCGCCGCUCCAGACGAGAGAACCGACUUUUUGAUUUGGACCACCGCGUCCGUCACACCCGGCGAGGAUAAAGAAGCCGGGGAUCGCAUGCUUUUCCAAGGAACGGGGGGGGCGCUACAUUAACUCCGCCCCCUUUCCUCC